AUGCCUAAACUGGUGGAACAGCAGCCGGUCCAAGCGGACGAGCCCCAAGGUGUUUGCCAUGAGGGCGCGCAGAUUCGCGGGUCAACGGAGUCCCACAAGGAUCGAGAGUCGGCGACCGACUUCCACAAGGAUCUGGACAACUGGGUGUCAGAGGUCUCUGAGGUGUUCCACUACCGGGUGUUCAUUAUAGAACUCGCCGGGCAAUUGCUCUACAGCGUCCUGGGCCCUCUGUCAACUCCUAUACUGCUAUUGCUGUAUGGUGGCAGAACUGGUCUCAUGAACAGAGGCUUCUGGAUUUUCAGGCUGGACAGAUCCGCUUUCUUCCAGUUUCUCACAUGGGCUUUUCUGUUUGCUUCUGUCGUUUGCAUGUACUUCUUCGACGACCUGAAUGAAGUCACACUCAUUGAAAAGAAGCUGACUGUGAUUGGUCUCCUGAUGCGGAAUCUCCCCGUGGCAACAAAGUAUGCAUACACAUCCACUCCGACCUGGAACCAGCUGAACACUGCAGAAGUAGAUUUGAAAUACAGGUUGUAUAUGAACUUGCUCACUGGCUGGCUUACCAUCCCGGCAGAAAACUUCGAUCUGCAAGCAGAGGUCGCUUUUGUAACUGUUGUUGGGUCACGCCAACGGAGAAGCCGGACACUCCUGAAGUUCUUGCCGUGGCCACGUUCUGAACAUGAGCUCUUUGUGAUGCGCGAGCGCGUUGACAUUACCAGCAAAACGAUGUUCUACGCUCCCACUGGGCGAAUCCUCCGUGAGAGCAGCAGAUUCCGAAAGGCUGAGAAGCAACAAAUCUUGCUGUUUGAUGACACGGAAGAAUAUGAAGAAUCAAGCCCCGCAAAGUCCAGGCAAGUUGUGACAGAUCUGGGGCAGAUCAGGGCUGGCUUGGUGAAUGCAGAGUCCGGCAGGCAGCUGCCCCCCGAUGACACCAUACCACAACCAGGCCUCAUUGAUCAGAACAAGGACUACGAUCUUGACAUCUUCCGGGCAGCAUCCGCAGGGCAGGCGGUGCCAAUUCAAGAUCUGUUUCUCUACAUGCUCCGUGGUGUCAUGCGGAGCGAGCGGGCGAUGUUCCCUAAGCUCGUCCGGCCGCUGUUUCUCUUCACCGUUGCCCUUGUGCUUCUCCCCUCUUUCGUGCGUGGCCUGAAGACUGGGGGCAACGGAUGGAGCGGCAUGUUCGGCACAGGUGUAGGAGCUCAGAUUGCGAUCAUUGGCAUGUUCCCUUCGGCCUUUGGAUGCUUUCUGUCGUCCAGCAUCUUCAUGGUCACAGGUGCCAUUGAUGUUUGGAGGAGGCGUGCCCUGAUGCGGAGCUGCGCUGCUAUGCUGUCCGUGCAGCGAGAGUUCCGACGCCACUGCCCUGCAGAGGUGGACAUGCUUCCGAUUCUCGAUCUGAGUGAUGUGAAGACCAUUGUGGCCUGGCGCAAACUUCGGCAGCUGUGCAAUGAGUGGGGCAAAUUCUUUCAUGUCCGCAUUCGUGCCUUCACCGCACAGUUCUUAUUGCUCAUGCUUUUCGUCGUUGGAGAUCUGAUAGCUGGAAUGCUGCUCUACCCCGACUACACCGAUCUGAGCGGGGUUAGCGUGACCUCAUUGGCAGUGUCUGGUGCUAUCUGCGCUCUUCUCAUGACUGGCAUUGUCUCCAUGGUCUUCUUGGGCAAUGAGGUGAAUGCUGCAUUCGAUCGCCAUGUGUAUCUGCUUUAUCGACAGCGGAGCCUGAUGCUUGCGAGACGCUUCGGUGAUGAUUCGCUCAGGAAAUGCGAGAGUCUGCGGAAUGAAGCAGCGACGAUGGCCGAGUGCUCCGAGGUCAUUGCCGCCGUUUGCGAGGAGCUGGACUUCGAAGGCAAGGUGAAGCCUCUCACCCUCUUUGGCCUGCGCCUGGGGUGGUCACUGCUCUCCGCCCUGAACUUCAUUCCUUUGGGCGUCGGGACCACGGUCUUCAGCUUUUGCAGCUCUGAAGAGACAAAAGCGAGAUGCCAAAUCUGA